UUCUGCACUCGCGCGUGCCACUCGCGCGUUUCCACGAGCGAGUGAAUCCGAAAAAAACAAUAAAUUCCUCAGUCUCCGCGUCUACCGCGAAUGGAACUCGUACGAAUCGUUGAUUUAUCGAGUGCGUGACAAAAACGAGUGUGCCAAGUGAUGGAAAAAAAGGUCUAAUUUUCCACGUGUUCACGAGAUAAGAGCCAGCGAGCGAGGCACAGGACAGACUCGCCGGAUAAACACUUUCUAUUUUGACCUCGCGUCUCCGGUACGCGUACGAGCGAGAUAAAAAGAGGAUAACCGCGAGAGGCGUGGGUGUUUUGAGCAAAUAUCAAUUAUUUUCACCGAUGAAUAAACUCACGUUUUUCUUUCGGUUCGCGCACUCUUCUCGCUCCUAUAUCUCAUUUCAGAAUAACCAUUUACGUUCGACGGACGUUAAUAAUCAAUAAUAUCAACAGAAUGAAAAUAAUCAUGUGCCAAAGUGCUACGGAUACAAGGCCUUCGAAUUUUCGUGAAACAAGUGGUGAACUGCUCUAGCGAGUGCUUAUUCUUCGGUAUUCGAAUUAAUGAUCCAAGUUCUUGCCCCACGAAUUCGCGUUGAAAUUCUAUUCACGCGUGCACGCGGUGUUGUUGCAAUUUUGGCACGAUUCUCUUCUUUACUGCUCAACUUUUUUCAGCCAAUUAUUGUUUGGCACGAUAAAAAGUGCAUGGACGGCGUCGGAGAAUAACGGCUCAGCUGACUACUCUGUGAUCGUUCUCUCUCGGUCUCCUCCUCUUUGAAAGUCCCCGUCCCGGAGUCUAGAGAGAAAAAUAAGAUCGCUGCCUCUCGGAUCGUGUUUUCCUCGCGUGAUCCUAAACUUUCGAGCGAAAACUACGUUAUACGAGUGGAUAGUAAAAAUAAAGUAAAAUAUACGAAAAAUCGUGUUUCGGUGUGUGAGCGAGGGAGAAGUAGAAAAUCGUAUAUAUUCUUCGAGGAAUUCCGAGGAAAAAGGACGAAAAAGGCAAAGUCGUUGAUCCAAGAACGAAGCAAGAACCAAAUAAAACGCCGCAGUAAUAAAAGAAGGAUAGAAGAAAUAGGAGAAACAAAUGGGUGUAUAGCUGGAAAGCUAAUCGCCCGCGCGAUUCUCUUUCGAAGCCAAAAGGGCUAUAUUUACGCUCGCGGGAGCGAGCGAGCGCCUCCUCCCCGUAGCGUUGCAAUACGAAGAGAUCGUAGCCAGUUCUUUCACCUUCGAUUCUCGUGAGAAAGGAACUCGCGUGAGAAAGGAGCCCUUUCAAAAUUCCAACAAAAAAAUAACAUAUAUUUAUAUAUAUAUAUAUAUAUAUAUACAUACGUAUACGUAUACGAAAAUCAUAGAAAUAAAGUUGACGGAAACUCGUGCAUGCACCGGCAUUCAUAGAUAUUCAUCUUUCUUAUUUAUUCUUCUUCCUGUGACAAUAAUACAUUGCCAAAAAGACCAGCUGAUGAUCGUCAGAAUGCAAAGUCCGGAACUUCCGAUCUCGAUCGACGAGAUUUCUUUAUUCACUGUCUCGCAGUAAAAUAACAGCCGACACAAGGAUCAAAAUUCCCCCGAGUGAUCCGUUUUUUUUUUAACAAACAUUUUUCAUUUUCUUAUUUGAAUUCCGACAUCGUCGACAUUUUUUCCGCCCAAGUGAGUGAGUGCUGCUAAUCUUUUUGUCAUGAUGGGUGUUUUGAGAUGGAGGCACGAUCUCAGAUCGGAAGCCGGCCAACAACAACAACAGCAACAACAACAACAACAAAGGGGCGGGGGACCGUCCCACACGAAUACGCUCACUAAAUUAGUAACACAGACCUCGAGAGACGAGAGACAACAGCAGCAACAACAUCAACAGGCAUCGAGUCCGGGCUCGCAGACUCUCACCCCAAGCCCGUCACCCUCACCGGUUGGCGAUGCCCCUCUUGGACGAGCUCUCAUGGAGGCAGCUCUGCAACAAGCCGCCUCAAGUACGGGGGUCAACGGUAUCGGUGGCGGAGGAGGGAGCGGAGGUUGCGGUGGCUCACCGUCGAGUCAACAGCAGCAACCGCCGAUGGUUGUGACACCACCUGGGUACUGGGUCGACGGUACCGAUCAUCGACACGCCCUCGAUUCAGCGGGCAGAGCUUUGCUUCCGGCACAGCCGGCUUGGCAGCCGCGGAUCGAUCAGGACGACACCGCCAAGUGCUAUCGACGUUUCUUCGUUGGAAGGGAGCACGUAAACCUGGUUGGACGUGACGGCGAGAACGGACCAGUUUUGGUCUCGGUUAAGGCCGAAACAGUCGCAGGUCAGGAACACUGGCGGGUAUUGCUCCGAUUACGGGCGGGAUCGACGCACGAACUCGUCCCAGCGGCGACUCUUGGACCAAAUCCCUCACCCGCCAAAAUGGUCAAGGCCAUUAACGAAUCCCUAAACGUGAGCACACUCACCCCCGUUGUUUGCUCGGGGGCUGGUACACUCAUUGCCAAAUAUGACGAGCACGCGCUUGUGUCCAGAUUCAAAUUUGGUGUCCUUCACCAGAGGGCUGGACAGAUAACUGAGGAACAACUUUUCGGAAAUCGACAAAUAACACCGGCCUUCCAGGAAUUUCUCGAUCUGCUCGGUCAAAAAAUCGAUCUUAAAGAUCACAAGGGUUAUCGCGGUGGUUUGGACACGAGACACGGCCAAACAGGGGAUUCAGCGGUCUACGAGGUAUUUCGCGGUCGGGAAGUAUUGUUCCACGUCGCUUCGUUGUUGCCCUACAGUCCCGGAGAUGCGCAACAAUUACAACGCAAACGGCACAUCGGCAAUGACAUCGUUGCUAUUAUUUUUCAAGAGGAACCAACUCCCUUCAGUCCUGACAUGAUUGCCAGCCAUUUUCUACACGCUUUUAUCGUCGUACAGGCCGUUGAACCUUGCACACCGAAUACCAGGUACAAAGUGAGCGUGACAGCGAGGGAUGACGUGCCCUGGUUCGGCCCACACCUGCCUACGCCCGCUGUAUUUCUCCGUGGCGUCGAGUUCAAAGAGUUUUUAUUAACGAAACUCGUAAACGCCGAGAAUGCUGCUUACAAAGCGGAAAAGUUUGCCAAGCUCGAGCUAAGGACUCGUUGCGCUCUAUUGGAAUCGUUGACGGAGGAAUUGCAAUCGAAAACGAGCGACUUUCUCGGUGCGGGAAUACCAGGACCCGGAGGGUCGUUCGGUUCGGGUUCGACGUGUCCGGUGAGUCCAACGGCGAGUGACGCGUCAGGAUCAGGCGGCGGGGGAGGAAGCGGCGGCGGCGGCGGCGGUGGCGGGAGUGGUUCGAGAUUCAUCGAUACUGUGAGAAAAGCUUUAAUCUCAAGAGUGAGAAACGCUUCGACGGAGAGCGUGCCGCAACAAUUGGCCAAGAAAACGAGCUCGGAGCCAAGUCCACCGAGUAAUCGACAGACGAGCUCGAAAACGAGUGGAAAACGGUCGGUCGAGCCCUCGAGUCCUCUCGGCUCACCGGAUUUGACCCUGAGGCGAGAUUCCGAUCGAGCAAGUCCGAGCCUCUGUAGCCAGGACUCGAGUUUAUCGAACACGGACAAUCAGGACAGCAGUUUGGCGACGCUACAACCGGACGAUUUGGAUCAGCGCGAAUCAGCGAUUUCAGUCGCUUCGAAUUCCAACAAUCCCCCCCUCAAUGGCACAACCAACAACGAUAUUACAAUAACGAAUGAUAAAAUUCAUCCCGGCUCGCUUUCACCGUUUCAACGCUUGACGCACGAAAAUCUUCGCAAGAGGGACGAGCCCAAAGUCGAUCCGACUCAGCAACGCGUCGUUUCGGAGAGCGACGACAGCUCGCUCAACAGCGAACUCGAGCUCGAUCAAGCCGUCUAUCCCGAUAGCGAUACCGGCCUCGAAUCCAUGAGCUCCGCUGAAACUCACGAUCCCGCCGCGGCCGUUCCUCCGACCAUUGCUACACGUUCCAAAGAUCCCACCAACGAGAACGAAAAUCUCAGGCUCGAAGUCACCAGACUCAAGUGCGACAAACUCGACUUGCUCAGGCAAAACGUCACGUGCCAAAGGGACAUUAAACAGCUACGGGAGAAGGAACUGCAAUUGCAGUCGGAUUUAGCAGCGGCUUCCAAAGAGAUUCUUCGGCUCCGAGCAAUGCUGAAAGAGUGCUCGUCGAGUAUACCGAUGGACAACAAUAAUCAGCAGACUUCCACAGUAUGAGGAGCGCGUCUAAACGCGAAAACACGGCGAACGCGUAAUUAAUGAAAAAAAGGGGAGGAGUGUUAUAAGAAAAUCCGCUUGAAGCGGAGCGUUUAGGAUUCUCGUUGCAAUUAUUAGCAUUUAUUCGUUGCCUGCUCGGUUGAUUCAUCCGCGAGGCUACAAAUUUAGUAUAGCGCGUGUCAGCGCGCGACGAGAAAAAUAAAUAAAUAAGACGAAACGAGGCGGCGGAAAGGAGAAGAAAGGGCAGAGAAUUCGGAUGAAUAUCCGACCGCAAGUAUUUAUCGAUUUAUUUAUUGACAUAGAAUAAUAAAGUGAAGAAAGAAAGGGGAAAACCGUUGCCUCUGUCGCUCCAGGAGUUAGUCAAUGUAUAGAGAAACCGAGUUAUACAAAAAAAAAAAAACACACGCGCGUCGAAGCGAAUGACAAGACGGAAAAGAAGAAACUUUGUCCGUUUAGUGAGCCACCGUAACGAGCAAGGAAAUCCGAGCAAAAGUCCAAUCGCACUUAGACCGCGUAUAAUCGCACUUAAUUUUAAGCGACGUCGCGAAAAAAAAGAAAAAAAAAACGUGAAGAAGUAUGAAAGGAGAAAGAAAAAAUCGCAAAAAUGUCUAUUUCGUCUCGAGCACGUGCGAUUAGCGCCAAUCUUUUUAUCAGGAUCGAAAGAUUUCGCCUGAAGAAGACUAUCUUCGGUCGUCACGCCCGAAAUGUGAGACGCCUUUUGUGAGAAUUUAUUUGGAUUAAUUAGACAAUUGGUCGCAAAUGAUCGCGAUUGAAUACCGCGGACUGGAUUAACCAAAUCUCAUUAAUUGUUCCGACUUUUGUAAGCGUUUCAAGAUCGUCGUUCGUUUUCGUCAAUCCCCUGUAACACGGCGCUUUCUCCAUCUUCUAUCGAUAUUCGUUUCGAACAAUAAUUUAAGUUCCAUCAACGGUUAAGAAGAAUUUUGUAAUGGCAUCCUCUCACUACCACUUCUCCAGCCACACGGAUAUUUAUAUAUGUUUGCGCGUAUAUUAUUAACAUUAUUAUUAUAACUAUCAUUAUAUCAUUUUUAUUAUUAGUUGUACGAAAUUAACUUCGUUGUAUUUUUAUACCGUUUUAUGUAAAUAGGCUUAUAUAUCACUAUUUUUCGGGGUAUCAAUCCCAAAAAGUAAGGACACGCGACUCGAGUCCUCGCCGAUCGCAUAACAAUACCAAAGUUUAACGUAGAAAAGAACAUUUUUUACUCCUUCUUUUUUCUCGUUCUACCACUAUUUCUAUCUUUUUCUUGCUCUCUCGGGUUACCUCUCACAUGGGGGUAUGAGCAACGUUCGAAUAUCUAAUAAUUUGAUUUUUUUUAGUCUUUUCCAAAUUUGAGUUUCCUACAAUUUAUUCUACUAUUUUUCCAAUUGUUUUUUCACGUAACUCGAUACGUUUCAUUUUAUUUAUUUAUUUUAUUUCGAUUGAGAAAUCAAUUUUAAAGUGAUAACUAAUUUGCAAUGAAAAUUUAUUUUUAGCGAGUAAUUAAUUGUAAUUCAAAUCCGUAAGAAAUUUAUCUAUAACCUCGUUAAUAAUUGAAUCGAACGGUGCUUAUCGCCGAUCUCACUGCUCCUCCUUUCCCCUUUUCUACCUUCGCUCCGGAAGAAAAUACUACUUUUUUGCCAGUCAAUGUAAAGCUUGAUUAAAGUUUUACUCGAAAAACUUUUAUCAAUAAUUACAUAACACCAUUCAUCACCACUGCCUGUUUGAGAAAGACCAUUGAAAAGCGUCCAUCUCCGUUCCACUGUAAAUAAAUUGAAAAAAAAAAGAAAAAAACGGUUCCAAAAUGGACGAAUAUCGUGAGAUAUCGCGUUGCAUUUGCGAAUGUUUCCCGAAUCACUUUGAUCUUCUCAAUACAACUGACUACAUAAAACGACUCCCUUAAAGUCGAAUCGCACGAAAAUAUGAGAAAUUUGUUUUUUUUUUUGCACCUUAGAUAACGUGUAAACGAAAGGAAAUACGAGGGUCUCUCUCGCGCGCGCGCACUGAUGACCAACGGUCGGCGUACCGCUAUUUUUUUUUUCGUUAAUUCAACAAUAUGCGGAAAGAAGCACAAAAAGUAAAGAAACAAGGAAAAAAGAAUAUUACUUUGACCGCCAAGAGAAAAUAAUUAUCAAUAUUCUUGUGUGAUUUCUACACGCUGGCCUUCCAAAAUCAAAGAAAAAAACAAAAAAUAUAUCUAUAUAAACUGAUGAGGAGAUAUAUUAAGAGAAAGAGACACUCGUUUCAAUUAUAUAUUGCGAGAGAACUACUACAAAUUCUAUAGACAAAUAUAUAUAUAACUGAUAUGCAUAUAUAUAUAUAUCUCUCUCUCUAUAUUAUAUAUAUAGGUAUAAAUAAACAUAUAUAUAUUUUAUAUUUAACAAUGGUCCUCUGGAGUAUCCCGGAGGACGCUGUUCUUGCGACACCGGAAACUGUAACUUGCCCCAUUUUUCCGGUGCAAGUUGAAACCCCCACAGUUACUGUAUAGACGAAAGAAAUUCAAAGAAAAACAAGCACACAAAAAAUU